AUGUCCAAGAUUUUAUUCCUUUUCGUAGCUUUCGUCGCUCUAUCCAGUGCCGAAGUUGAAGUCCCAGCCUCACUUUUCAAUGGAAACUACGACGGCUUCAAAACCUUCGUAGGCGCCUUCAUGAACGGUUAUACCAACUCACAGUACACUCUCCCAGCUACCUGCUUAGACCAAGCAUCUCAAGGCAAACUUGACGCUGAUAUGGUCAAUAUCAUCACAGACGUUCUUAAAUUCCGUCCUAUGGAAACCUACGAUAGUCUUGUAGUCUUUGCCAAAGACCAUAUACAUUAAAAUGACACACAUGCUAACUUGCCCUCUUGGUAUAGCAGUCCAGACCUUAUGGCUACGGCGAACUGGGAAGGACUCCGAGCUGAGAAUCAAAUGCAGGCUCAAAAGGUGUGUAUCCGGGUAGGUUUUUGCUGCUUUCUUGUGGUUGGAAAUGGAGGUGCUCAACAACGUCCUUUGGAUCCGAGGACCCUUGGUAUUCCUCUACAGAGAAACUGGAGGUUUCGGCCCAUGCCAAAGGGGAACAGCCUUUUUCCUGUAGCUGUCGAAGAAAGGCACUCGACAACCAAUAGACUCCAAAGAUCCUUGGAAUCAAGCCUCUCCAAAAGCCUGUAGAAGGACCACAUAAAUCCAUAAGCUCUCAAGACUGAAGCCGCAACCAGGAGGCAGAAGGUACCGGAAGGGCACUCGCAAGAGGGAUAGACCCUCUGGGCUGGAGUCGAAAAGCGUAGAACCUCCGUACGGAAGGUCUUUGGUGGCUGUGUCACCAAUAUGGCCAGCGCCUGACUUUAAUAAUCCUAAUCCUAAUCCUUCGCCAAAGAUCUCGAAACGAUGGCCUCCACCUGUGGAAUAAGCCAAGUUACCACAAACUUAAACGCUGACUUAAAGAACAAAGGCAGCUGGUACGUUGUAGGAAACCUCAUAUUAGAGAAAGACGUAAUUGAGUCUUACAUCGCCGCUUCAACAUUGGAGCUCAUUGCCUUCAAGUUUGACAAGGCAGGAAAAGACUUUGGAAUUGCUAUGAGACAUAUGGUCCCACCAUACACUGGAAAGUCCAUGCUAUCAAGCACAUCUAGCCCAAUUACUGAGCUCACCCAGUUUGGAAAAGGACUUCUUGAUGGCUUUGAAGGUCAAGUGUCAGCUACAGGUGCCUGUUACAAUGACAUCACCAAAUUCUUCGGAAUUUUCGAGAAUGGCUAUGCUACCAUUGAGAAAAUUCUCCAAUUCAACAUUGCAGCUAUUGACGACUUAAUUGUUGAAUUUAAAGAAAUCGAACCACAAAUGAAGCAAAUUUCAAGCCAAUGCCCAUUCGAGACCUUGUUUGCUUCAGUUCUUCAGAGCUUAACAACUGAAAAAGGACUUAAAGCUUUAUAUGCCAACUAUUACAACUCACUUACAGUGAUUGAUGCAGACAUUGAAAACGUCCUUAACUGCUCAGCUGACCUUUAUACCUGUGGCAAGAGCUUAGGAAAUGCCAUUGACUUAUUAUUCAGCUGGAACCUUGAGAAGGCAAGCAAAACUCCAGGCUUUCUUCGUUUCUAA